AUGCUGGCAUCACGUCUACAACGGUAUAUCCAACCUCUGCAAACAUAUUCCACAGCAGUAGGGAAGAGCUAUGAACACAUCAAGGUCUCGACACCACGAACGGGUGUUGCAUUGAGUGCGAUCGUUCCUUGCUGUUAUGGCAAUGAUACACAAAGAGCUAAUGGAUACGCAGUCGAACUCCACCGCCCCAAAGCCCUCAACGCCCUUUUCACCCCCCUCAUACUCGAAUUAAACGAAGCCCUCAAAACCCUCGACAAGGACUCCACCAUCGGCGCCAUGGUCCUAACGGGCUCGCAUAAAGCCUUCGCCGCCGGAGCAGACAUCAAAGAAAUGGCCACCAAAGAGUUCGCAGACGCCUACGGGAACGACUUCAUCGAGAGCUGGUCCGAACUCCCCAACACGAUCAAGAAACCCGUCAUCAGUGCCGUCAACGGUCAUGCACUAGGAGGCGGGUGCGAGCUGGCGAUGAUGUGCGAUAUCAUGUACUGUAGCGAGAAGGCGAAUCUCGGCCAGCCUGAGAUCAAGCUGGGGAUUAUUCCUGGUGCGGGUGGGAGUCAGAGGUUGACGAGGGCGAUUGGGAAGAGCAAGGCUAUGGAGCUCAUUCUCACGGGGAAGAAUUUCAGUGGACGGGAAGCUUAUGAUUGGGGUCUCGCGGCGAGGGUGUUUGAGACGCCUGAGCAGUGUGUUGAUGGUGCGUUGGAUACUGCGGAGACGAUUGCGAGUUAUAGUAAGAUUGCUGUCAAGGCUUGUAAGGAGGUGGUGAAUAAGAGUCAGGAUCUAGGUAUUCGGGAAGGCGUCGAGUUCGAGCGGAGAGUCUUUCAUGGCCUUUUCGGUAGCGAAGACCAGAAGAUUGGCAUGAAAGCUUUCGCGGAGAAGAAGAAGGCUGAGUGGAAGCAUAGAUGA